GGGCUGCUUCUUAACCUGCCACUGGCACGCGUCUCUUACCGCGCUCUUCAUUGUUACUUACCUACCUUACCUUUACUGUCAGCUCUAGUCCCGUCGCUUCUCAUGAGGACGCUCUACAGGCUUCAUUCUCGCCUACUGCUGCUUCAUUUCAAUGCAAUAGAGUCCGCUGAAACCCGCUAUCUAACUCUACAGCGCGUAUCGGGAUCAGACAGGGCAGUUCACAGAAGGAGCGACGGGCAGCGAGCGACAGUACUUUGGCCACAGCACUGAACUGAAACUACCUACCACGGUACCUGACCUUACCUGCAGAAUUGGAUUGUCACCACACGCGACCGGCUCUCACAUCUCCUCCUUUAACCCAUUAUUUACAUCCACCUCGAGUACCAAGGACACGCACACAGCUGCAGUCGCCUUCUCACUUCUGUUCAUAUUCAUUCAUAGGCGCUCUUUCUUUUCACUAUAUUCUUCUCUAUCCCGCCUUCUUCACUCUUCUCCUCCCGGUCCGAUUCUGCAGUUUGUGGCGUUGCUGUUUCUCGCUCUUGCCUCUAUCCGUUGCUUCUGCUUUAUUUCACUGGCCUUUCUCGGCUGUCAUUUUUCCUGCCCUGACAAACCCGUUCGCAUGACUACAACAAACACGCAUCAGCCAUGAGCGUCAAGGCCAUCAACUACUAAUAUAUAAUUACUUACGCCUUGUUUCUAACAAUCGCAACUACGUACUGCGACGUUUCAACCCGCUUUGCCAACAAGCACAGUCACAACCACAUUCUCGGCCAUCUUCAACUGUCUGUCGCAUUACGCAACUUUUCCUACCAGGACUGAGCACUGCUCCUUGGAUCAUCUCAUACCGUCAAGGUAUCGCUUUUCUCCGCCAUGACCCAGAAAAAGCCUUUUACAAGGACUGUCCCCUUUACUCAGCGCAACUGGGAAGCUGCUCAUAACGCGAAAAACAUGGGCGCGACCCUCUCGACGCCCAAGAGCCAAGAUGACAGUGGCCCUCCACAAAAGCGUCAGAAGGUCUCAGUUUCCAAGUCCAACGGCGACGCCUCACUCAUUGAUACAGAAGAUCGCACGGCUCUACGUGUUGAGAUACACAAGAUUUUUCACAAGGACUCUAAGAAAGUCCGGCCUCUCAAUGCUCUUCCUCCAGACGAUAUCAUCAAAACCAAGGCUAAAUGUCAAAUCACCGUUUCUGAUGUGAGCGGUGGCUUCACUCACAUCCUAUAUCGCAGCAGCCAGAGCUGUGACAUCGUCUCUCACACGAAUCCGUCAGGCCCUCAUCGGAUUGCUUACAUUAAGCCACCUAAGCCAUUCCUUGUCCCUAAGGAAAGUAUCUUGGUCAACAGGCAGGAUGAUCCAUCCCAUGACUUUUCGAACGCAUACAGAUUAGACGUCGAAAUGUUUUCAGUUCAGGAUGGCAACUGGCCGCCUCUGGAAGCCCAUGAGCUUGGUGUCCCUGCAAGCCAGCAAGGGCCUGUCCAAGCAAUUGCCAAGCAGAAUUGGAUACUGCAUAGCGAGUUUCCCCAGGUUUUCGGCAGGAUAAAGAAACCCGUCAAGCUCACAGCCGGAUUCCACCCACAGCGCCAUGAACGUCUGACUAAUUACAUCAUGGAUGUAGAAUUGAAAUGGGCCUCGGGUACCCGACGAAUUGACAAGACUGCAAAAAACUGUAUUACUGCUUUCGAUUCAGACGGCGAGAUUUACACCAAUGGUGUUCUUGAACCUAUAUCUGAUGAUCUGCUCGAUAGCGCGAGCCCACCCGAGCUUGAGGAUGACAUCGAUGACACCAGCAGCACCCAUCUCACAAAUGAUGUUCAUGAAAUAAACGGCACAAACGGCGUCAAUGGCCUUCAUGAUGACGACGACGAAAUGGGUGGUGUGAAUGGCAUCAAUGGGGUUACGCAUGAGGUUGAAGAUAUGAAUGGAGUACAAGAGACGAAUGAAGUGAACGGGCAUGUUGGUGACGAGGACUCGUCGCAUGACAUCUCUCAUGAUCUGGAAGAAGAGCUAGAGGGCGACCACACCCCUAACCGAGCAUUACGAAAACGGAAUAACAAGCAAUACAACUUGAAGGUACUGACUGCGCAAGCCCAUGGAAAGGAGCGCAAAACCCGAGAUAAGGCUGGGCAACCUGAGCAAGGCGAGGGUUUCGUCACGUAUAUGCUGUCAGCUAACACACCGGUUCACCUACUCUCAUGGCAGUGUUGUGCCUGUGGCAACGCUAACGAGUCAUUGGACAUUUUGAGAGCUCACCUAAUGACGUACCAUCCGAAUUAUGUGUACACACUGGAAAAGACGAGCCAAGGGCCGCUGUUCCGGAUUACUCAUGUUUCGGGGUCUACAGUCUCGCCUUCGAAAGAGCUGCAGCUCGGAAAACCCACAAAACCGCUUGAUCAGCAGGCCUAUGUCAACGGCGAUGACUCCUGGGUAACUUCACGCUAUGGUCCAGAUCACAUGGAAGAUGUUGUGCGAUUUUUACCGAAGCACAGCACCGAACGACAACUCUUUGGAAAGUCUGGCGAAAAUCCUCCUCAGCCUCCAGCGGCAGUUCAGGCGGUGAUUCCGCGACCGGAAAAGAAAAAGGUCAUCAUUCCAGAGUCUUGUCAGCCUCUCUUUGACCCUGUCAGCAAAGCUCGCCUAAAACCUGGCGAGGAGUUACCAAAACCCGUGGUCGAUAAUGCAUGGUUGUUACAGAAGCAUCGCGAAGAUAUCGGCGAAUUCUCCGACGUCUCGAAAGAAGAGAAGGAAUACAUUCGCAGAUGGGACGCAUUUAUUCUUCAGGAAAAUGUCACAUCUGGACAAUAUUUCAGGCGUGCUUGGGUCAAGUUUGUCAAAGAGAAUGCUUCUUGGCUGGUAGGUGCGAAUUAUCGGAUGAACGAGUAUGGCAAGCACCUGUGUGUUCUGAUGGCGCGUGAUGUCCUGGAUAACGCUAGUGUUGAGAAAGCCGGGAAGCUGAUUGAUGAGGCACGAGCUCGAUUGAAAUCAGAUGAGGAUGCGAAGACGAACGGUACCAAUGCGGCGGAUGUCACGUUAAAACAGUCGCCUCGAGCUUCACAAAUUACGAGAGGCGCGAAUGGGUGUACAGUGUGUCAGCUCCCCGUCCUCGGACCUUCUCUACUCAUCUGCUCAAACAAGAAAUGCUCAAAUCGACUGUAUCAUGCAAGUUGCAUCGAAAACUCGGCAUCCAUUCCGGUCACUCGUCCCAAAUGGCUUUGCAAUGGGUGUAGCAAAACGGAAGGAACCUCCUAGAGCGGGGUGUCCAUAUCCUUGCGAAGCAUCCCAGUACCUAGCUCAGCAAGCUUGAAAGGAGGCGAACGAAGCAGCACUGGUUCUCAAAGCGCAAAAGCUUCCCAUUCGAUGACUACGCGUCAAGCGCUGAGAAAGAGACGUGUGAACGUGGCUGUUGGGGAAUCUGAUGAGCCUACAGCCAUAAAGAGAGCCAGGUUUCGAAAAGCUAACACGAAAGCGGCGGGCUCCAAAAAGAAGUGAAGAAUUGCCUCGAGAUUUUGUGGUGGGGAAUAUAGUCAGACUUGGAGAUAUCGUGAGCGGAAGGAUGGCAUUAAAUUUAUGUUUUUAUAGUCGUUUCGGCGCUUAUUGGGAUCGGGACACUGAUGAGAAGGCAUGCCCGGAGUCGGUUGAUCAGGAUUGAGGUAGAGGGUGGAUUGUUUCUGGCGUGGACAUUGCUGGGUUUUCGCAGCUCAUCUCUGUUGAGGCAGCUUGUACUGCAAACUUUUGGUGGUCUGUAUUAUAUUACUAUACUACCUGCAUUUUGCUGUUUGUGUGCGUGUGUAACAAAUUUCAGCGUGAC